AUGCCUCGACCUAAACGUACCGCUACUUCCAAGUCGACCAACUACUCUGACGAUCUCAACUCCCAAGAACCCGAGAUCAAAGAGAAGCCUCAGCCUCAGGUCGAUAUGCAGGUCGACGAUCAAGGUCAGGGUCAGGGCGAAGGAGAGGAGGACGGGGACGAGAAUGGUAAUGGAGAAACCAUCGAGGUAGAGAGGGAGAAGAGUAAGGAUGUAGGAGCGGAAACUACCACCCCUGUUCCGGAAGCCCAGACCGAGGGUAAUGAUAACGGGGCUGACACUACCAGCGACAACGAUGCCGACGCCGGCAACGACGACGAUGCCGCUCAAGCCAAACCCGCCGCCGAAACUCAACAACCUCGAACCCCUCCUCCCCGUGCUCAAUCCCCUACUCCCUCUUCCCCCGCUUCCGAGGAAGACGGCGGCGAGUACGUCCCCGCCCCCGCUUCCGAGGCCGAAGAAGAGGACGUGAAACCCAAAGUGACCAAGUCCCCGGGCAAGAGGAAGGCCGGAGGUGCCGCUGCUGGUGGGUCCAGCUCGCCGUCCAAGGUUGCGAAGGUCAGCAAGGUCUCUUCUCCUCGGAAGAGCCCGGUCAAGUCGGAAAAGCCCAACGGAGGUGCCGGAGCAGGAGGAAAGUUCGAAGCGACCCCGGAGAACAGGGGCGCCAUCUUGGUCGAAAUGUUGAAACACGUGCCGACGACCAAGAUGGACUGGGAUAGCGUGGCCGAGGCUACUGGGGAUGAUCCGAGAAAGUUGGCCAAGUAUUACGACCAGACUUUCAAGAAACACCUCGAUGCUGCUGUUCGAAGCCCGGCAUUCAGGGGACCGGCCAAGAAAUAA